UUACCAUUUUUAGAAUCUCAAAAAAUCAAUCUGUCACGAUAACACAGUCCAUUGAAUCAAGGACAAAAGUGCGCUAACGUGUACGGUACAGGUAGGUCAGUACUCAGUAGUGAGUCACUGACAGCACAGUCUCGGUUCAAAACUGCAAAACCCAAAAGAGGAACUUGGUUUUUUUCCCUCUAUAUAACAAUCAGACUACCAGAGUAUUUUGUUCUUGUGAGUGAGAUUGCUUCAUUGCAAAGCAAUCAAUCAUGUUUAGGUUUCUCGUUUGCAGAGGAAUUAAGGGUGGAGCUCCCCAGAAGGCAUUGAGUUCGCUCGGUUCAAUUAAUCCCGCCAGAUCGGUUAGUUCGUUACCUUUUGCAACUGUUGAUGCUGAAGAGAUUUCAGGUUCUCAGCCUGCUGAAGUGCAGAACUUGGUGCAGGGAAAAUGGACCACAUCUUCAACAUGGAAUACACUUCUCGACCCUCUAAAUGGAGAAUCAUUUAUUAAAGUUGCCGAAGUAGAUGAAGCAGGGAUUCAGCCAUAUGUGGAGAGCUUGUCCAACUGCCCUAAACAUGGUUUACAUAAUCCCUUUAAAGCACCAGAGAGGUAUCUUCAUUUAGGAGAUGUAUCUGCAAAGGCAGCACACCUGCUUUCCCUGCCAAAGGUUUCCAAUUACUUUGCAAGAUUGAUACAAAGAGUUUCUCCAAAGAGUUACCAACAGGCUCAUGGUGAAGUUCAAGUUACACAGAAGUUUCUGGAGAAUUUUUCUGGCGACCAGGUUCGUUUCCUAGCAAGGUCUUUUGCAGUACCUGGAAAUCAUCUUGGACAGCAAAGUCAUGGUUUCCGUUGGCCGUACGGUCCAGUUGCUAUUGUUACUCCCUUCAAUUUUCCACUAGAGAUCCCUGUACUGCAGUUGAUGGGUGCACUCUAUAUGGGCAACAAACCCCUUCUUAAAGUUGAUAGCAAGGUUAGCAUUGUUAUGGAGCAAGCGCUGCGAAUGCUGCAUUUCUGUGGCUUACCUGUGGAAGAUGUUGACUUUAUAAAUUCUGAUGGGAAGAUAAUGAACAAGAUACUGUUGGAGGCAAAGCCACGUAUGCUCCUGUUUACUGGAAGCUCAAGAGUUGCAGAAAAGUUGGCUGUCGACCUGAAGGGCCGGAUUAAAUUGGAAGAUGCGGGAUUUGACUGGAAAAUCUUAGGGCCUGAUGUUCAGGAGGUUGAUUAUGUUGCAUGGGUAUGCGAUCAGGAUGCUUAUGCAUGCAGCGGCCAAAAGUGUUCUGGACAGUCAAUAUUAUUUAUGCAUGAGAAUUGGUCAGCAACGGACCUCAUAUCUAAAUUGAAAGAUCUUGCUCAGAGGAGAAAAUUAGAAGAUUUAACUAUUGGCCCUGUUCUCACUUUUACCACUGAAGCGAUGCUAGAACACAUGAAUAAAUUGCUUGAGAUACCAGGUUCAAAGUUACUCUUUGGGGGUAAAGAACUAGAGAAUCAUUCCAUCCCGUCCAUAUAUGGGGCUUUAAAACCGACCGCUGUUUAUGUGCCACUGGAAGAAAUUCUUAAGGACAAGAACUUUGAGCUUGUAACAAAGGAAAUCUUUGGACCAUUCCAGAUUAUUACCGACUACAAAAAUGAUCAACUCCCAAUUGUGUUGGAAGCUCUGGAGAGGAUGCAUGCCCAUUUAACAGCUGCCGUGGUUUCAAAUGAUCCGCUCUUUCUUCAGGAAGUUAUCGGGCAUUCGGUGAAUGGAACUACAUAUGCAGGACUGAGGGCAAGAACAACAGGAGCUCCACAGAAUCAUUGGUUUGGACCGGCUGGAGACCCAAGGGGUGCAGGAAUUGGGACCCCAGAGGCAAUAAAGUUGGUUUGGUCUUGUCAUAGAGAAAUCAUUUAUGACUAUGGUCCGAUCCCUAAACACUGGGAAAUACCGCCAUCUACUUGAGGCGUCGAGCGAUUAGAGAAAGCGGCUUGUCUGUAGUAACUUGUGAGAAAUUUUACACUACCAAUAUCUUUUUUCUGGAAUAAAUGAGGCAAGUAUCCAUGCUUAUAGUUGUUCUCUUAAUGCUAAUAGUCUCUUUUCCCCCCAGUUACUUAGCAUCAUUGCUAUCUUUCAGUGAAGAAAUGGUCUCAUUAGGGAGCUUGAAUUCAAGUCAUCACUGCAUUAUUCUGAUCUUUAUAUGCAAUAUCAUUAUCUUUUUUCA